GGGUCGGGUCAGCGAAUCCGCCCUGUUGUGUUGCUUCUCACUUUCUCUCCACCCUCCAGGGCCACUACUCCAUCCUCUGUCUCGGCCGCCAUAAAAAUGGAACCUUCUUGUUCGGCUCCUUUAUGGUCCAUCCGGCAGUGGCGUCAAUGUCCUAUAAAUAUUCCCAUUGUUGGGCAUCUUCCUCCUCCAUCAUUUCCUUGUCUCUCCAAAUCUGGAAUAGAAGCAGUGAAGUUGAAACAUCCCCCGCAAAAACGCUAACAUGUCGGCCGAAGCCUCUUCUGUCCGUCUCAUCACACCCUACAAGAUGGGAAGAUUCGAUCUUUCCCACAGAGUUGUUUUGGCACCGCUGACUAGACAAAGAUCUUACCACAAUGUGCCUCAGCCGCACGCAAUAUUAUAUUACUCGCAGAGGACCUCAAAAGGGGGCCUUCUCAUUUCCGAAGCCACAGGGGUGUCUGAUACCGCUCAGGGGUAUCCCGACACGCCUGGUGUCUGGACAAAAGAGCAAGUUGAGGCCUGGAAACCCAUUGUUGAUGCUGUUCAUGCUAAAGGCGGUAUAUUCUUUUGUCAGAUCUGGCAUGUGGGCAGGGUUUCGAAUUCAGGUUUCCAGCCAAAUGGGCAGGCUCCAAUCUCUUCCACAGACAAGCCAUUGACUCCUCAACUUAGAGCUAAUGGUGUUGAUGUUGCUGAAUUCUCACCUCCACGCUGUUUAAGGACAGAUGAAAUCCCCGAGAUUGUCAACCAUUUCAGACUUGCUGCUAGGAAUGCUAUGGAAGCUGGCUUUGAUGGAGUUGAGAUUCACGGGGCUCAUGGCUACUUAAUAGACCAGUUCAUGAAAGACCAAGUGAAUGACCGGACCGACCAGUACGGUGGUUCUCUGGAGAACCGAUGCAGGUUUGCCCUCGAGAUCAUCAAGGUCGUUUCUGACGAGAUCGGACCAGACAGGGUUGGGAUACGGCUCUCUCCGUUCGCGGAUUACAUGGAAUCAGGAGACUCCAACCCCAAAGCUCUGGGUCUUUACAUGGCUGAAGCUUUGAACAAGUACGGGAUUCUGUAUUGCCACAUGGUGGAGCCAAGGAUGAAGACAGUCGCUGAGAAGUGCGACUGCCCGCACAGCCUGGUCCCAAUGAGGAAUGCCUUCGGGGGCACUUUCAUUGUUGCGGGGGGCUAUGAUAGGGAGGAUGGGAACAAAGCUGUGGCUGAGAACCGAGCCGAUCUAGUUGCAUUUGGUCGGUUAUUCUUGGCCAAUCCCGAUCUGCCUCGUAGAUUCGAGCUGGAUGCUCCUCUAAACAAGUAUAACCGAAAUACAUUCUACAUCUCUGAUCCUGUGGUCGGUUAUACAGAUUACCCAUUUCUUGAAACCGCUGCGUAGGUUUCCACAUGUCACUGAUCGAUGAUUUAUACUUCUUUUCUGGGUAAGCCUGCUAUCAAAAUGAAAAGUGUUGGCACUGUGCAAUCUAGGAAAAUCAUAGGGGAAGCUAACCAAGGAGUAUGCCGAUUGUUUGUUUAAGGGCAGGUAUUUACGGUGAGAUUGUAAUGUUCUGGUGUUUGGCAAGAACCAUCAGCGGUUCCUAUGUGUCAAACUCGUAUGAUUUCUUGCGACUUGUGACGACUUUGGGAUGUGCGAUAUUGGCAAUAAAGAUUGUCUGAUUGAUUUAAAAGU